GAGAGAGAGAGAGAGAGAGAGAGGGGUCAAUUUUAAGAGGGGUUUUUUGGUGUGUAUUUUUUGGUUUCUGGGGUGGUGAAUGAAAUAAUGAGAAGAGUUAUGGCCCGUACAAAGAAAAGAGGGUUAUUUCCAUUUACUACUGUUUCAGUUGUGCCGUUAGUAGUAGUGUUUGUUGUUGUCAUUUUGUCGAACAGAUGUACGGCCGCCAUUGAUUCCUUAAACUACACGAAGAUGUACAACAGACAAGUUAGCAGCUUGAGACUAGACCGGAUUCACCGACAUCUGGACAAGAUCAACAAGCCUCCUCUCUUCACCAUUCAGAGCCCAGAUGGAGAUAUAAUAGAUUGUGUUCAUAAAAGAAAACAGCCAGCUAUGGAUCAUCCUCUUUUGAAGAAUCACAAGAUCCGGAGAGUUCCACCGGGGCUGCCGAGGUCAACGCAAAUGGGUCAAAGUAGAACGAACAGCAGCACAACAAGUGUAGAUGGAUGGAAAGGAGUGUGGCAGACGUGGCAUCAAAACGGGCAGCUCUGCCCGAAGGGCACCCUGCCCGUUAGGCGCACCACCGUGCAUGAUGUGCUUAGGGCUAAAUCUCUCUUUUAUUUUGGCAAGAAGCAAUUUCCCAAUAGCUUGCCUUUUUCGCCAACCCGACGGAGUGGGGCCCGCCCCGAUAGCGAUAUCGAUUCCGAUCCACCAGAUCUUUUGAGCGGCAACAACGGCCACGAGCACGCGAUAGCGUACACAACAUCGUCGGAUGAAGUGUACGGGGCAAAAGCGACAAUUAACGUGUGGGACCCAUCGGUGGACGAGUUAAGCGAGUUCAGCCUAUCUCAGAUCUGGGUUCUGUCCGGCUCGUUCGACGGCUCAGAUCUCAAUAGCAUUGAAGCUGGCUGGCAGGUUAGUCCGGAGCUGUAUGGUGACACCAGGCCAAGAUUAUUCACUUAUUGGACGAGCGAUGCAUAUCAAGCGACGGGAUGCUACAACCUUCUAUGUUCGGGAUUCGUGCAGACGAAUAGCCGAAUAGCAAUCGGAGCAGCUAUUUCACCGGUGUCAUCCGUAGGCGGAAACCAAUACGAUAUCACUCUCAUCAUAUGGAAGGACCCAAGGUUGGGAGAUUGGUGGUUGGGCUUUGGAGACAAUACAUUAGUGGGCUAUUGGCCUAGAGAACUAUUUACCCACUUAGCCGAUCGAGCCACCAUGGUCGAGUGGGGGGGCGAGAUCGUAAAUUCACGGGCAAAUGACGAGCACACUUCGACUCAAAUGGGCUCGGGCAAUUUUGCCAAAGAUGGGCUCGGAAAAGCUAGCUAUUUUAGGAACCUCGAAAUUGUGGAU